GAUAUACCCGAUGCAAAAUGAGGACCCUCCUGCUUCUUUCUCCCCUUUCACCCUCUCCCGCCCUCUCUCUCUCUUGGGUUGUGACGACUGGGCGAGCGGUGGCGGCGUUCCCAGGUCUUCGUCGGAGGCGAAGAACACCCACCAGGCCACCAGGGUCCGCCCCUGGUCACAGCAGUAGUGUACUUUGGCGAUGGAUGCUUGUGCUGGAUGGUGAGUUCUUGAUAGGAUGGAGGGAGAAAGGGCCGAAGGCGAUGAGCUGAUUGACGACUAUGUCGAUUGCCUCAUGUCUCUGGACACCAACGCUCGGGCUGGCCCGAGCGAUGCUCUCAUUCUCGGUGCUCCUGUUGUGGAAGGGGCGGUUGGAGGCGGAACGGAGCCGGAUGCCAUGAGAGAUUUUGCUUCUGCUGAGGACCCCAAGGAGCCUGUGCUCGGUAUGACAUUCGAGUCUGACGAGGCAGCAAAGGCGUUCUACAAUGAGUAUGCCAGGCGGCUUGGUUUCCCCUUCCGUGUUGGCAGGUCUCGGCGCUCCAAGGGCACAGAGGAGGUAGUCGUCAUGAAGAGGUUUGUUUGCUCCAGGGAAGGGGUGUACAAGAAGAAACAGACCUCACCAGAUGAGGCUACAAGGAAGCGUGAGAGGAUGUCAAUGCGGGAAGGUUGCAAUGCUAUGAUGGAGGUGGUCAGGGAGUCAGACCAUUGGGUUGUCUCCAAGCUUGAGAAGGCACACAAUCAUGACCUGGGCACUUGCAGUACCAAGGUUGGGUAUCUUCGUGCUAGAGGUUUGCUAGGUGGAUCUGAUAAGGUCACCAUGUUGGGACCUGAUGAGAUGGCAUUUCUUAGGCAGAAUGUUCUUGGGGAAGGAGGAGAUGCUCAAGGCCUUAUUGAUUAUCUCAAGAAGGCACAAGCCAAUGACCCUGCUUUCUCCCAUGCCAUACAGGUUGACAAGAAUGGCUGUGUGGUGAAUGUUUUCUGGGCUGAUGCUAGGGCCAAAGCAGCUUAUCGGCAUUUUGGUGAUGCUGUUACAUUCGACACGUCGUACAAAAAGAACAAGUACAUGAUGCCCUUUGUUACUUUCUCAGGAGUCAACCAUCAUCUGCAGCCUGUUAUUUUUGGAUGUGCAUUUCUUAUGGAAGAGACUGAGUUCUCGUUUGUUUGGCUAUUUGAAACAUGGCUAUCAGCAAUGGGAGGGAAGGCGCCAUGCUCACUAGUCACUGACCAAAACAGGGCCAUGAAGGCUGCAAUUGUGAAGGUUUUUCCGAAUUCCUGUCACCGUUUCUGUAAGUGGAAUAUUUUGAGUAGGACCAAACAAAAGCUGACCCAUGCAUACACAGAGCAUCCAACCCUAAGAGAUGAGCUUGAAAGCUGUGUUCUUGAGUCUGAAACUAUUCCCACAUUUGAAACAAAAUGGACGUCAAUCAUUGAUAAAUAUGACUUGAGAAAGAAUUCAUGGCUUCAAGCAAUAUACAGCAUCCGCCAAAAGUGGAUUCCUUUGUACUUGAUGGAUACAUUCUUUGCAGAAAUUGCACCCACAUGGAAAUUGGAAACCAUGAAUGAUUUCUAUAAGAAAUAUUUUAAUACAAAAACAACACUGGAAGUUUUUCUUAAUCAGUUCAAUUUGAGCAUGGCAAGCCAAUACGAGGAUGAAGCAAAAGCUGAUAUGGACACCUACUUAAACAAGGCAACUACAAAAACUGCAUCCUUAAUAGAAAAACAGGCAGCAAGCACCUAUACCAAAGCAAUCUUCAGUAAAUUUCAGGAGGAGUUCACAGAGUCUCUGGGUUUUAUUAUUCAGAAAACUAGUGAUGGUUGUAUAAGCAAAUACAGCAUCAGGAAAGAUGAAGAUCCAACUGAAACAUUCUAUGUGACUUAUAAUGCUUCAAAUAAGAUGGCAAAAUGUAGUUGCAAAUAUUUUGAAUUCUCAGGUAUUUUGUGCCGUCAUAUUCUUGGAGUAUACAUAAUAGUUGAUCCGCGUACACUUCCUCCUGAUUACUUUUUGAGAAGAUGGACAAGGAAAGCCAGAGAUGAUGAUGCUUUGUUAGAAGAAAACAAUAAUUAUGAUGAUGAGGAUCCUUCGCAGUCCAUUACUAGCCGUUACAAUGUCCUAUGUGUUGAUGCCAUCAGAUGUGCUGAGAAAGGAUCUGGAUCCGAGGCAGUCUACAAAGCAGCAAAAGAUAUCUUACAGAAGGCAUAUCAAGAGAUUAUUGCUUAUGAAAGAAAUCCUGGUCGGGGUUCCCAAAGGGAUGCCAUUAACAUCAAUGAGGAUGUCACAAUAGAUGAUGCAAUGAAUGAUCAAUCUAUGCCAGAUUCUGGACCAAAGGUGACUAAUCUACUAGGCCAGUUUCUUGUUUCCUCUUGGUCUCCAGUCUGAUAUUUUUCUUACCAUAUCUUUGGAGAUGAAAAUGCAAUUUACCAGCAUUAUCAUCUGUCAUGAUUGGCAUGUAAUUUCUAUUUUGAAUUGGCUAGAGGAAAACAGCAUUGGACUGUCCAACAUGAAAUGGAUUUUGAUGACAUAGUUUUCAGGAUGUCCACCUGACUGUAGGAAACAAGGACAAUUUUGUUUGAAGAUGUCAGAUCAUUUCUGAAUGUAAUGAAGUCUUUGCUGCGACAAUACUUAAUAGGCUGUAUGGUGCUGCUGUAUGUCUGAAGCUGCUGAAGGUCGGAGCUGCAGGUAACCAGGAUCUGAUGAAUUCGAUAGCAGAAAAGCCUCUGAAGAGUCUUAACUUUCUCACUCAGGGUCGACAUAUUGUUAGCUCCAGGACUGCCCAGAAAGCCAAGCGGGAAUGCUACUUGACCCCAACACUCAACAGAGAUGUGCUGGGUGGGAUCAAGCCACCCUGUCCAACUUCAAUGGACACCAGCCUAGCCUUAGAUGCCAAUGGAAACUGAGUUCUGGUGGAGGCAAGGACCUAUGAUGAUAAAUGUAGAAGCAGCAUCUGCAACGAAGUAUAGCAGUGCAAAAUAUAUCGCUGUUAUCUUAUUUGGAGAUUUCUUGUUCGGUCUUGAUAACUCCAAAGGAAAUCUAGUGCGGUUAUAGGCAAUGUAUCAGUAGAACCCUGAUAAACCAUCAAAAUUCAUCUUCAAGGCAUUAUGCUUCUCUUCUGUGAAUAGCUUAUGAAAAUAUUCCUGUUGGCCACCAAUGCGAAUGCGACUGGAAAAACAUCACAUAAUUUAUUCAUGGCAUCAGCAU